ACAACAUGAACACCUCAUGCAAUGCUCUAUGUUUUGUGCAUGCUUUACACCAGGCACGCAGCCUCCCGGGGCCAUUUUUCUUAAUCAAGCGCUUGCGUGCAGGGACAAAGUGUCAGCCCUGUGUGCCUUGGGCGAGGUCUGCGAUGUACAGGGCUUCGUGGUGCACGAGCUGCGCUCGUCAUCGAAGGUGCCGAUCCUGAUCCUGGAGAAGGAUGGCUUUGACAUCGAUGUGAGCUACAACAACUUGCUCCCACUCCUGAACACCCGCCUCUUACGCAGAGCUACACGUUGCUGAAUCCUCGGCUCUCUGUGGUGGCUCUGGCGGUGAAACGCUGGGCAAAGGCACAUCACAUCGCCAAGUCCUAUGAAGGCUUCAUCUCUUCUUAUGCUUGGACGCUCAUGGUGGUCUACUAUUUCCAGAUUUCCCGACAGCUUCCCUGCCUGCACGCGCUCGUGGGCGAAGAAACACCCAUAGACUUUGCCGCCCGCUUUGCCACCCUGGAGGAAGCGCACGAGGCCUGGAUGAACAGCCCGCCGCCAUGGAGCUGUGCCCAGUUGUUGCGGGGCUUUUUCGAUUUCUACGCGAAUGAGUUUGAUUGGAAACAGGAUGUGGUCUCAGUCCGACUGGGACAGCGGAACUCUACCAUCCGCUCCCGACGCUUGAUUCAGCUGAAGAACAAAAGGAUGCAUUUGCACAUUGAAGAUCCCAUCGACAUCCGGCGGAACUUGAAUUUUGCUUUGACGAAGCAGACCGCUGACACUUGAAUGAAGGAAGAGUGGAAAGCUACCUUGAACAAGGCAGACUGAAGGACACCAUCCACUUGGAAAUCGGCUGGGUAGAGCAGCAGCUCAAAAAUGGCUUUGGCCUUGGUCUGGCCGGGAAAGCUGCCAGCCAGAGUUUGCGGUUGAGGUCUGGCGGGGGACACUGCCACACGGAGUUGGCGGUUGAGGUCUGGCGGGUACACUGCCGCGCGGCCCUCGCGGUUGAG